AUGCCUGAAAAUCCUGCUACAGAUAAACUGCAGGUCCUGCAGGUUCUUGAUCGCCUCAAAAUGAAAUUACAGGAAAAGGGUGACACAUUACAGAAUGAGAAGCUAUCUAUGUUUUAUGAGACAAUAAGGAGUCCUCUCUUCAACCAGAUACUCACACUUCAGCAGUCCAUCAAGCAACUGAAGUGGCAGCUCAGCCAUAUACCCUCAGACUCUUCAGCCAACUUUGAUUUUUCUAGGAAAGGUCUGUUAGUGUUCACGGAUAGGUCCAUUUCUAACGGGAAUGCCCACAGGCCCUCUACUAACUUGACUGUAUCUGGGUUAUUUCCUUGGAUUCCGAAGUCAGGAAAUGAGGACUUUAACUCAGUCAUUCAACAGAUGGCCCAGGGCCGGCACGUUGAAUAUAUAGAUAUAGAACGACCUUCAACUGGAGGCCUUGGAUUCAGUGUGGUGGCACUUAGAAGUCAAAAUCUGGGAGAAGUUGAUAUCUUUGUGAAGGAGGUACAACCAGGUAGUGUAGCAGACAGGGAUCACAGGUUAAAGGAAAAUGACCAAAUAUUGGCCAUUAAUCACACACCACUGGAUCGGAACAUUUCUCAUCAGCAAGCGAUUGCAUUAUUACAACAAACCACUGGAUCCUUACAUCUGGUUGUGGCCAGGGAACCAGUCCAUACAAAAAGCAGUGUUUCUACCAGCCUAACUGAUACAACUCUGCCUGAAACAGUUCGUUGGGGCCAUAUUGAAGAUGUUGAACUCAUUAAUGACGGCUCUGGAUUAGGUUUUGGAAUAGUUGGAGGAAAAUCAAGUGGUGUGGUUGUGAGGACUAUAGUUCCUGGAGGAUUAGCAGAUUGAGAUGGAAGACUCCAGACAGGGGACCACAUCUUGAAGAUUGGUGGCACAAACCUGCAGGGAAUGACCAGUGAGCAAGUUGCUCAAGUGCUGAGGAACUGUGGGAAUUCAGUCGGGAUGGUCGUUGCUAGAGACCCAACUGGUGAAAUUUCGGUGACCCCUCCUGCCCCUGCAGCCUUACCUGUUGUCCCACCCGCUGUAGCCAACAAGAGCCCUGACUCUGACAGUUCUCUUUUUGAAACUUAUAAUGUUGAACUCAUUAAAAAAGAUGGACAGAGUCUUGGGAUUAGAAUUGUUGGCUAUGUUGGAACAUCUCAUACAGGGGAAGCUUCAGGGAUUUAUAUGAAGAGUAUCAUACCUGGCAGUGCUGCAUACCACAAUGGCCACAUUCAAGUGAAUGACAAAAUAGUUGCUGUUGAUGGUGUGAAUAUUCAGGGUUUUGCCAACCAGGAUGUUGUUGACGUUUUACGAAAUGCAGGGCAGGUGGUACGUCUAACCCUAGUUCAAAGGAAGACACCCUUGUCUGCUCCACUUGAACAGCCCUCAGACAGAGGAACUAUUAUAGAACCACCAAAAACACCAGUCCUCUUUCUAACUGGAGCAGUGGAAACAGAAACUAAUUUGGAUGGUGAAGAUGAGGAAAUUGAAGAAAGAAUGGAUAAUCUCAAAAAUGAUGACAUACAUGCCUUAGAAAAAUUGGAAAGAGUCCCAGACUCUCCAGAAAAUGAGCUGAAAUCCAGAUGGGAAAACCUAUUGGGCCCUGAUUAUGAAGUAAUGGUUGCUACUUUGGACACACAGAUUGCAGAUGAUGCCUUUGAUAUUUUAGAUGCACAUCUAAAAUGCCACGGGCAUUUCUAUGAAUAA